AUGAACUAUGCCAUUCGCUCGGGCAUUGCGAUUACGGCGACUUAUGCCAUGAACCAGUCGUCGCGUCUGUUGAAAAGUGUAGAUGGCAAAGAGCGGGAAGAGCUGCUAUUAUUGCAGCAACGACUGGAAAGCAAGAUCCAAGUCAUUUCACCUGCAAUUGACAUGAUUGAAUUGAUUGCUGCUCGGGGAAACACUUCACUGGAAUCUGCUGUUGCUCUCACAAAAUCUCUUCGCUGGGAUAUCCAAGCUCUUGGGCAACGGAUAGGCAAAGCAGCCGCAUCUGAAGAAAAACUGAAGAAAGGAUCCAAAUCUCCACAAGAUCGCUCCCAAAUCCAUGCAGAGAUCAAACACAUCGUCCAAGAUAUAAAGGCCUUGCUAGUCCGUAUCGAGGAUGCAGUACCGCUCAUGAACCUAGCCAUCACUACAUCAGGCGCCAAACUGUCGACCAAUUUACCAGCAACUGUGUCUCCUUCUCGACUUCUCCAGGCCAGCACAUUCCUUACUGCCGGAGAUACCCAAUAUUCGAUGUCACAGUCGCAGUCCCAGGCAGUCCAGAUAGGACCGACGUUUACACUGUCCAUGUACAUGUUGUUUGCCAGCCACUUGCGCCCCCACGACGAAGAAUCUAUGCGCGAAGCGACGUGGAAGGAAGUCAUGCACAAAGCAAAAUUGAAAGUGCGACGUGUGCCAAUGGACUUGUAUUACGAUCUUGGAGGCCAAGGACAACGGCCCCAGUUCCCCGGACAAGCUGGGAUCGAUGAAUACGCCUAUCAAGUUCUAAUCAUUGAGGACCUGGACGAUGGCCGAGUUCAUACUUUUGAGGACAAUGAACCUCAGCCACAGAGUUACGAGGGGUUGAUGACGGCAGGAAUUCGAGAGAUUCUGCCAAUUCAUCAGAUUUCUAAGAUCUUUUACGCCGAUACGGGCAAGAUUUUGAAUAUCAGUACCGAUGGAGAAACGAACAACCCGGUGCUCCUCCUGAAAAGAGAUUUGAACGCUCUGCCGCCACGGCGAAUGAUGGAACGCGAUGAUGUGGAAGAGGAACAUGAAGCAGCAGAGCAUGAGGAACCGGAAGACGAGGAGCAGGCUCAGCUUGACGCACAACUCAAUGGAGCCGGUGGUCCGACCAGCGCGAGCUUUAAUUCUUUGCACGAAGACUUCAUCCCUGAUGAAUGGCGUUUGCCGCCAGGGUUAGAUCCAGAAUGGAUUGCAUUUGAAGUUUACAACGAAGACUCCUCGUCCGACUCAGAAUCCGAAAUCGAAACAACCCAAACAUCCACCACCGACAACGCAGUGGAAAAGAUGGCCAAGCUAUCCAUAAAAGACAAACGACACACCUCUUCGCCGUCACCAUCCCCAUCCCCAUCCGCCCGAAAGAUUAUCUCCCACCAACCAUCCGCUGCCCCAGAAACAACAACAGUCUCCAACCCACUCUUCGAAAACAUCCGCACCUCGCUCUCCCUCCUGGAAACGCUCCUCCGGCUAACCUCCCUUCAACAAUUCCAGCAACAAUCCCACCUCUCCAUCAGCGACGAGCUCCUGAACUUCUUCCUAGAGGAAUCCUCCUCCACCGGCGCCGGCGGCGACGAGCAGCAUCGCCAGCGUCUCCGCUCCGAAGCCCGCCGUCGCGUGGGCUGGGACCCGUACGAUGAAAGCCCCGUCAAGCGCCGCGGUGAGGAUUACCAGUAUGGCUGGGUGCCUGGCAGUCCGUCCAGGUACCCGGAAGGAGGCGGUGAACUCUAUUCGCCUGGCGGAGGAUCUCCGGGCCUGAGGCUGCGCUCGCGGGAGAAUACGCCUGAGACACUGGGGCAGCAACAGCAGCGCGCUUCGCCGGGUAUGAAAUCGGAGCAGAGACGGCCUAGUGGGUUACGUGGUGUUACGCCUGCCUAUAGCGAUGACUCGGGAUUUAGGGAGGCGUCAUCGCCGCUAGCGAGGAAGUCGGGGUCUGUGUCCAAGGACAAGAAGGGCGCUGGAUCGGGAACGGCGGAGUAA